AUGUCAUCGGCUGUUUCUAGCCGAGGAGUUACACUCCGCUUUAUUUUUCGUCUACAGAAGGUUCAGGUGCCGAAGAUGGACGAAAACUUUGUUGACUCCUUCUUUGGAGUGAAGAGGUUGGACGAACUCAUGGAGGCGGAGGAGAAUGACGAGACUGAGGUAAACCGGACAGUGUCUUCAUCCCCGGCCCGACCGCCCAGUUUUGAGUACUCAGAAGCUCCCUUGGGCGGCGGACUCUUAAAACGGCCUCCUAAGCCCUCCAGUCGACCAGGCUCUCGAGCGCAGAAUCCGGUUCGUCUGCUGCGCGAACGUGAGGAUCUGCGCGACGAGUAUGAGGAGGUACGGCGGCAGACGCCAACUCCUAGUUCCGCCAGCACCGUCGUCGCAAGGAUGGAGGGCAAAUUCACGCCUUGCCAGCGUCUUCUGACCAGUUCAGGAGUUGGCUUCACCUCAACACCCUCAGGAGGACUCCUUUGUGGUGAUAAGGAUAAAGAUGAUGAGGACGGUGAGAACGGUGGAUUCACUUCGACAGCAUACAGUAGGGGUGAUAACGCCCACGUCGACGAGAACGCGCACUUGAGUGAGACGGCCCUAGCCGGCCUAGCGAGUUACGAAGACUUCUCCUCAAAGAAGAACACCUUACGACAAGUGGCUGAAGAACCUGAGGCCCCGUUGACAUCUUUUCAGAGAACUCUGAUUCCCCACAAGGAUAAGAUGCUCCUUCACGUGAAGGGUCGGCGUCACGUCCAAGUCCGAUUGGUGGAACCGGUUGCAGCCUCGGUGAAUUCUGGCGACUGUUUCCUCCUCCUCUGCGAAUCUGACAUGUUUGCAUGGAUGGGUCGUUUCGCAAACAUCGUGGAGGUUAAUAAAAUUCGCGACCUGGCUGCCUGGAUUACUAAAACCCGCGACAUCGGAUUUCGUGGAUCUGUCCUGCGAAAUACGCCCGAAGGCUACACGGCAAUUGAGGAGGGUAGGACCACCGGCCCUGUGGUUGAGGCGUUCUGGCGGGCUCUGGGUGCCGCGGCGGACGGCAGAGCAAAUGCGUGUGGCCCUUCGGACGAGGACGUGAUCUACGAGACUGUAAUGCAACACACCACACGAGUGUACGAAGUUUUGGAGGACCGGCUUGAACCUGUACCAGAGGCCUGGGGCGUUCCCUUGCGCAUCUCGCUCCUAAGCUCAAAGAAGGCUUUCGUAUUCGACUUUGGAUCGGAAAUGUACCUCUGGACCGGAAACCAAAUACCUCCAAACAUCCGGGUGGCGGGAAUUGAACUCCUCCUGCAGGCCUACGCAGAACCCUACGAUUACUCCCAUACCACGACAAAUCCCCUAAACCCCAUGGGAGCCCUAGACUGUCCGGUCGCCGGACGCUCUCGGCCUGAGUGGACUUUGGUGGGCAAGCUGACAGAACGCGGUGAGACGGUGCUCUUCCGGGAGAAAUUCAUCGACUGGCCCGACGGUUCCCGGUUUGCCAUGCCCGGCAAGGCUGGAUGCCAAAAAUCUUCGGAGACUCUGAACAAAGGCUCCAAAUUAGUACUGGCAGAGUUGAAUAAUAUAGUUGACUCAUUUAUGAGCAACUGGGUGGACUCGGUGGACUUCUAA